UGGGGGGGGGAAACAAUGGGGCGCGAGAGAGAUGCGAGCGGCGCGAUCGGUACGAAGAAGACGAGGAUCGCCGGGUCUGCGAGUUUCAUUCUCGAGCAUGCAGAUGCUGUGGACAAGUGGUUGAUGGCUCUGGGGUUUCUCGGGUCGGCCUGCGACGGCUUCUCGGCACCGUUAUUGCUGCUCCUGUGGAGCCGGCUCACGAACAACAUGGGCGACGCGUCGUCUCUGGACCGAGACCAGUUCACGCAUGUCGUCGACAAGAAUGCAUUGUCCCUGGUCUACGUGGCUUGCGGACUGUUCGUCGCUGCUUUUCUAGAGGGAUAUUGUUGGACGAGGACAGGAGAGAGGCAAGCCUCGAGGAUGAGAUCCACGUACGUGAAGGCAGUGCUCAGGCAAGACGUGGGCUAUUUCGACUUGAAUGUCACGAGCACAUCCGACAUCAUCACGAGCGUCUCCAACGAUACCCUCGUGAUUCAAGAUGCUCUUAGCGACAAGGUGCCAAACUUUGUGAUGAACACAUCCACGUUCAUUGGGAGCUACGUAGCAGCAUUCCUCCUGCAGUGGAGGCUAGCCCUUGUGGGACUUCCCUUCGUGGUGCUCCUCGUAAUCCCCGGCUUAAUCUGUGGGAGGACUCUGGUGGGACUAGCUAGAAGAGUUGCGGAAGAGUACGACAAGGCCGGCGCAGUCGCGGAACAAGGCGUGUCCUUCAUCAGAACGGUUUAUGCCUUCGUCGGUGAGAGCAAGACCAUGAGUGAUUUCUCUGGAGCACUUGAAGGAUCUGUCGGACUGGGGUUGAAGCAGGGCUUGGCCAAAGGCCUGGCCAUUGGGAGCAAUGGGGUUGUGUUUGGGAUUUGGGCCUUCAUGGCUUACUAUGGUAGCAGGAUGGUCAUGUACCACAGCGCCAAGGGCGGUACGGUGUACACCGUCGGAGCUGGCUUAGCCGCCGGAGGAUUAGCAUUUGGCGCUGGUUUAUCAAAUCUGAAGUACUUUGCGGAAGCGAUCUCCGCAGUGGAUCAUAUCACGGAGUUGAUCAAUCGAGUCCCCAAGAUUGAUACUGACAACUUGGAAGGGAAGAUCUUGGACAAAGUUUCCGGGGAAAUCGAAUUCAAGCACGUGGAGUUUGCAUACCCAUCGUGGCCUGACAGCGUCGUCUUCAGAAACUUUUGCUUGACGGUACCAGUGGGGAAGUCGGUCGCUCUCGUGGGCGGCAGCGGGUCGGGGAAAUCUACGGUGAUCUCUUUAUUGCAGAGGUUUUAUGAUCCUCCCAAUGGGGAAAUCCUUCUGGAUGGAGUUCCAGUUGAUAAGUUGCAGCUCAAGUGGCUAAGGUCACAGAUGGGCUUGGUGAGCCAAGAGCCAACCUUAUUCGCCACCACCAUAAAAGAGAACAUCCUCUUUGGUAAGGAAGAUGCCACCAUGGAAGAGAUAGUUGAAGCAGCCAAAGCUUCCAAUGCACAUAAUUUCAUCUCUCAAAUGCCUCAGGGAUAUGAUACACAGGUCGGUGAAAGAGGCAUUCAGAUGUCUGGAGGACAGAAGCAGAGAAUUGCCAUUGCAAGAGCUAUAAUCAAAUCGCCGCGAAUUCUCCUCCUUGAUGAGGCAACUAGCGCUUUGGACUUGGAAUCGGAGAGGGUCGUUCAAGAAGCCCUUGAAAAAGUUGCGGUCGGGCGAACCAGCCUCAUCAUCGCUCAUCGGCUAUCUACCAUCCAAAAUGCCGACGUCAUCGCUGUCAUCCAAAAUGGCCAGGUGAUGGAAACCGGCUCGCAUCAAGAGUUGAUCCAAUGCAAAGAAAGCAUAUAUUCUUCCCUCGUGCAUCUUCAACAAAUGGAGAGCAAGAAAACUCAAGACAAAGCUGAGGUCACAUCCACAAGGUCACCAUCCUCUCCUAAGAUCGGUUUUGCAAGCAAUCCUACUGCCUUCGUCUUCCGCUCAGCUGGCAUUGCGGAAUCAACUCAAGAAUCGAAAGAGAGGGGGAACACAAGAGAAGGCCAAACAUUUCAAACUUCAUUGCUUCAAAGAUUAUUAGCUUUCAGUCGCCCGGAAUGGAAACAAGUAGCCAUGGCAUGUGUUAGUGCUGUCUUGGCGGGUGCCAUUCAACCGGUGUUCGCGUUCUUGAUGGGGUCGAUGAUAUCGGUCUACUUCCUAACAGAUCAUGAUGAGAUUAAGGAGAAGACAAGGACGUACACACUCUGCUUUGCGGGGUUCUUUGUGCUCUCAUUGCUGAUCAACACGUCUCAGCACUACAAUUUCGCCCAUAUCGGGGAGCAUUUGACUAAGAGGGUCCGUGAGAUGAUGUUAGCGAAGAUUCUGACUUUCGAGGUCGGUUGGUUCGAUCAAGAUGAGAACUUGAGUGGCGCCGUUUGCUCUAGACUUGCGAAAGACGCCAAUGUGGUGAGAUCCUUAGUAGGGGACCAAAUGUCUCUCCUCGUACAAGCCACCUCAGCAGUAACCAUAGCCUGCAUAAUGGGACUGGUGAUUGCAUGGAGGCUUGCCAUUGUCCUGAUAGCUGUCGAGCCGCUCAUCAUUGCCUGCCUCUAUGGAAGAAAAUCCCUGCUCAAGGGCAUGUCGCAGAAGGCCAUUGAAGCACAAAAUGAGUGCAGCAAGUUAGCUGCUGAAGCAGUGUCCAACCACAGAAUCAUCGCUGCCUUUUCUUCCCAAGAGAGAAUCCUUAAGAUGCUGAGCAAGGCGCAAGAAGGCCCGCUGAGCGAGAACAAGAGGCAGUCGUGGUUCGCUGGGUUCGGGCUCAGCGCAUCCCAGAGCCUUACCAAAUGUACAUGGGCUUUCGGCUUUUGGUACGGUGGGAAGCUGGUUUCGCGGGGCUACAUCACCUUCAAAGAGGUUUUCGAGACUUUCCUGAUCUUGAUCACCACGGGGAAGGUCAUCACCGAUGCCGGAAGCAUGACCACGGACAUCGCCGGGGGCUGGGAUGCCAUGAAGUCGGUCUUCGCCGUCUUGGACCGAGAAACGAACAUCGAGCCCGACGACCCGCGAGGCCUCAAACCCGAAAAGAUAUCGGGCCAUGUGGAAGUUCGUGAUGUGGACUUUGCUUAUCCAGCUAGGCCCGAUGAGAUGGUCCUAAAGGACUUCUCCAUCGUUAUCCAGGCGGGGAAGUCGACCGCCUUGGUAGGUCAAAGCGGGUCCGGGAAAUCGACCAUCAUUGGCCUGAUCGAGAGAUUCUACGAUCCACUCCGAGGGACGAUCAAGAUAGAUGGCCGAGAAAUAAGAUCAUACCAUCUACGGUCUCUGAGACAGCACAUCGCCCUGGUCAGCCAGGAGCCGACACUCUUCGCCAGCACCGUGAAGGAGAACAUCAUCUACGGAGUUUCCCGUGCUGUCGCUGAGACGGAGAUCGUCAAAGCCGCUAGAGCGGCCAACGGCCACGGCUUCAUAUCAGGACUAAAGGACGGGUACGACACCUGGUGCGGCGACAGGGGCGUGCAACUCUCUGGCGGCCAGAAGCAGCGCAUCGCCAUAGCCCGGGCCAUACUGAAGAACCCAAGCGUGUUGCUGCUGGACGAGGCGACGAGCGCGCUCGACGGGCAAUCGGAGAGGGCGGUGCAAGACGCAUUGGAGGGCUUGAUGGUGGGCAGGACCAGUGUGGUGGUGGCUCAUAGGUUGAGCACCACCCACAACUGUGACGUGGUCGCAGUGCUGGAGAAGGGCAAAUUGGUGGAGAAAGGGACUCACUCUUCUUUGUUGGCUAAGGGUCCUGGGGGAGCUUACUACUCUCUAGCCAGCUUGCAGAUGUCCUAA